CGCCUCUUUCUCUCGGUGCUGCCGCCGCCAUGUCUCGGUACGCUCGCCCGCCCAACAGCUCUCUCUUCGUCAGGAAUGUCGGCGAUUGCACCAGGCCUGAGGAUUUACGUCGUGAGUUUGGUCGCUAUGGCCCAAUAGUAGAUGUUUACGUUCCCCUUGACUUCUACACUCGUCGUCCAAGAGGAUUUGCAUAUAUACAGUUUGAAGAUGUUCGUGAUGCAGAAGAUGCACUCCACAACCUGGACCGGAAAUGGGUCUGUGGCCGCCAGAUCGAAAUCCAGUUCGCUCAAGGUGAUCGCAAAACACCUGGUCAGAUGAAAUCAAAGGAACGAAGAUCUUCACGAAGUUCCCCACGAUAUGAUCGGUAUGAUGACUAUGAUAGGAGGAGAAGGUCCAGGAGUCGAAGUUAUGAUCGGAGGAGAUCAAGAAGUCGUUCUUACGAUCGAAGUCGCAGGAGAUCUGAUAGCCCUAAAAAUUCACGGAGCAGAUCAAGUGGAAAGCGUAGACGUAGCCGUAGCAACUCUUUCAAUGACAGGCACAGACGUCGCCAUCGUUCCUAUUCUAGAUCAAGAUCCAGGUCACGAUCUCGAUCCCGAUCAAGAUCCAGAUCAAAAUCCGUAUCAAGAUCAAAAUCAGCAUCCAGAAAGGAUUCUAAGACACGUUCACAAUCGAGGUCAUGCAGCCAUUCAAGGUCCAGAUCUAGAUCUAAAUCCAGGUCACUGAGUGGCCACAAGUCUGAUAGUCACCAUGAGGACUGAAGCGAUGGAUGGUCGUUCAUCAACUUGCAGCUUCCAUUUGUGCUUUUCUUUUUGUUUUUGGGGUCUUGUAGUUAAGAGAAGGUGGGUACUGUUUUAUGACUACAGGAAAACUUAGUGUGCAAGGAUAAUUUGUUGAUGGUGCUUGAAAGAUUUUAAACUGAAUGAUGCAGUAACUACAACUGACCAGUUAGUAAGGUUCAAAGUGCCAUUAACAUUAAUGUUACUCAUUGGUUCAUUGAAAGUCAACUUGUUCACUAUUGUUUUUAGGCAAAUUUAGAAAGGUAUAUUUGAUUCGCGGCUAUGUUACUGUUAGUAAUUCUUUUAUAAAGCAGUGCCCUCUAUACUAAUUGUCCAAAAAGAUACUAAAUUGUUUUCCCAGUUUAAUAUUCUGAUGGAUUAAUAAAGCUGCUGGUACAAAUCAAAACUGUGUGAAUUCAAACUUUGUAUAUUCUACUGUUAACAAAGAACAUGUCAUCAGUGCAGUGCUGUAUUAACAUAACUUCAGUGUGGGGUUUUACAUAAUUCAUAAUUGCCUGAAACACUCUGCUUGGGGGAUUGGUUUAUAGAAAUUCUCCUUAUUUUACCCAACUGGUCACAUUAAGCACAAUCAAAAAGUAUUGGCAAUUUGUUGCCCACAACCUUAUGUUCUGUUCAUGUGUGUUUAUGCAAUGCAGUAGUCUGGCAUGCUUUCCGUAGUAUUGAUUUGUGCAUUUUGCAUGAAUAUUUCUUUUCAUUCUUGGCUGUAAAGAUAUAAUUUGCUAAUGCUGUUAGACAAAUUACCUGCAUUUUUUUAUUGUAAGAUAAAUGCAGGAACUUGUAUCUUAUGCGGAAUUGGACGUUUUUCCAAAACAGAUUUAUCUCGUGCUGAAACAUUUUUUCAUGUAGAAGCUUGUAAAAACAAAAGGGAUUUUUAUACCACGUCUUUUUAAUAAAAGCUGUUUGUAAAAGUUCAUCUAUAUUAGAAAUGUUUUCAGUUUAAGCUUCAAAAUGCUAAGUUGUCUAGGUCUUUGCAUGACUAGAAAAAUGUGACGUUUGAAAUCAAGUAAUAAUAGUAUAUUCUGAAGAUUAAGAACAUUGGCCCCUAGAGUGGUCAUAUUUAGCCAUUCAUCUUGUGAAUUUGGAUAAGCAGAACUGGGAAUAAAAUUGUCUGUAAUCUGAUGUAAGUGACUUAAUUAACUGUGUUCAAUCACAUUAGGGUUAUGUGACAAGUCUUGCUUAAACUUAUUUUAAUUCUUGCCAGUUUUAGGUCUUGCCUACUGUUUGAGCCAGGGUAGGUUCAGUGUGUCUUGGUUUUACAGUCCAGUUUGUUUCUUGCUUUUCCUCAAAAGUGAUAAGAUUCUUCACUUAACAAUGUAUACAGGGUAUGCCUUUUCAUAACUUUUGCAGGAUUCAGUUCAAGAUAUGCAGUGCAAACAAACACUUGCAGACUUCGCACCAGUUAUCACUAAAUCUAUAUCAUUUGGGUUUUUUCAGUCAGAUAUGGAUGUUGUGUUCAUCCUUUUUGUUCAUGAUAGCUGAUUGUAACUUCAUACUUGUAAAUAAAUCUGUGCUGUAAAAUUAA